CUAUAUUCGAAAAUUUACUGGAAUUUAGACCAGAGCUUUGUGUUGAUGCUGGAAAACAGGGACUUUUACAGUGGUUAUUGCGUAGAUUGAAAGCUAAAAUACCAUUUGAUGCUAAUAAAUUAUAUGCCAGUGAAUUAUUAUCAAUUUUACUACAACAAACACAAGAAAAUAAACUACUUCUUGGUGAUAUUGAUGGCAUUGAUGUUCUUCUUCAACAAUUAUCUCAUUACAAGAGACAUGAUCCACAAUCAGCUGAAGAACAAGAAAUGAUGGAAAAUCUUUUUAAUGUAUUGAUAUCAAGUUUAAUUGUACCAGUUAACAGAGAAAAAUUUUUAAAAGGAGAAGGCUUGCAGCUCAUGAAUUUAAUGCUUCGUGAAAAAAAAAUGUCUAGAAAUGGAUCACUAAAAGUAUUGGAUCAUGCUAUGAAUGGUCCAGAUGGAAAAGACAAUUGUAUGAAAUUUGUUGAUAUUCUUGGCUUGAGAACAAUAUUCCCUUUGUUCAUGAAAACACCAUCAAAAAAUCGUAAAAAAGUAUUUACAACUGAUGAACAUGAAGAGCAUGUUGUGUCAAUUGUUGCUAGUAUGUUGAGAAAUUGUAAAGGUCAACAACGUCAACGUUUAUUGAGUAAAUUUACUGAAAAUGAUUAUGAAAAAGUUGAUAGAUUAAUGGAGUUACAUUUUAAAUAUCUUGAAAAAGUUGAACAAGUUGAAAGUAAUACCAAGGAAGAUGAAGAAGAAGAAGAAUCAUAUUUAAAAAGACUUGAUGGUGGAUUAUUUACAUUACAAUUGGUUGAUUUUAUUCUUCUUGAAGCUUGUGCUGGUUGUCCACCAGCUGUUAAACAGAGAGUCACCAGGAUACUUUCACAAAGAAGAGCUUCAUUAAAAACUAUUCGUCAUAUUAUGAGAGAAUACGCUGGUAAUUUGGGAGAUGCUGGUGAUUCAGAAUGGCGAGAGGCUGAACAACAACACAUACUUCAAUUAAUUGAUAAAUUUUAAUUAACGAUAUAGUUUUGAAUUUACUUUUUAUUUCUUUAAAUUAAUCAUGAUUAAAUGUUAAAUAAAAAAUUUUUUUUUUCACACGAAGUGUUUAAAAAAAUACAUAUUAUUGACAAAAUUAUUAACAGCUUCAACAACAAUAUAAUUAUUAAUAAAAUUUAACAAAAAAAAUAAAAAAAA